CGAGACUUCGUUUCUCCAAUUUCUGCUGGCGUGGGUAGAUAGCAGAGCUCGAGAAAUCAUGAACUUACCUACCCAAUUAACCCCCCUUGUUUUUGCUAUAAUUGCCUGUCUGGCAAUCUCAAUUGAAGCCGAAGACUUUCUCACAUGCGGAGGCUUCAUUAAAUCAGAAAUUCAAAUAAACUUUGCAAGAAUCGAGGUCAAACUUUACACGAGGCAAGGAGCUUUGAAGUACCAAACGGACUGUGCCCCUAAUAAUGGCUACUUUAUGAUACCGGUCUACGAUAGAGGAGACUUUAUUCUCAAGCUGGAACCACCAUCAGGCUGGAGUUUUGAGCCAACGAGUGUAGACCUGAAGAUCGAUGGUGAGAAUGAUCCCUGUAGUCAAGGAAAGGACAUUAACUUCUUCUUCAAGGGAUACACUGUCUCCGGAAAGGUUGUAAGCAAGGGCAAGAAAGAUGGUCCUGAAGGCGUUCUUAUAUCUAUCAAACCCAAAGACAAAGAUGUUGCCAUGGAAACACGGACAAAAACUGGUGGAGUGUACAACAUUCCAAAUGUAUUACCAGGCGAUUUCAUCAUCACAGCUUCGCACCCUUCAUGGACCUUUGAAAAGGCCAGCAUUACACACACAGUCACCAAGGAUACAGCUACUGUGGACUCUUCCAUUAUUAUAUCGGGGUAUGAUGUGAGAGGCAAAGUGAUGAGUGAGGGUGAGCCCAUCAAGAAUGUUUUCUUCAUUCUGUUCUCUGACACGGUGAAAAAAGGGGAUGUUACUGGAUGUCAGAAGAGUGGAGUGAAUGGGUACCAGUCUGAAGGGAAAUCCCCUCUGUGCCAUGUGCAGUCUGAUGUGGAGGGUCAGUUUGUGUUUCCCAGUCUGGGCAGUGGCGAGUAUAGAGUGGUACCUUUCUACAAAGGCGAGCACACAACAUUUGAUGUAGUUCCUUCGUCCCUUCAGUUUACUGUUGAGCACAACACUGUCCAGCUACCGACGGUAUUCCAAGUUGCAGGGUUCUCCAUCACAGGGAGAGUGCUCUCAGUUGCAGGGGGCAGUGGGGUCCAAGGUGCAAAGGUCAAAGUUCGGGGCAAGCCAGAGGUCGUGACCGGGCCAGAUGGUACUUUCAGGAUGGAGAAGAUCAAGUCUGGAACCUACACCCUACAGGCCAGCAAGGAAUAUUUGACCUUUGACCCGUUGAAUGUCAAGGUCACGCCAAACACUCCUAGACUGCCUGAUAUAGUAGCCUCCAAGUUUAGUGCAUGCGGUCGUGUAGAAACAUCAGCUGGAGGCCAGAGGAAAGUCAGUCUGACUAAAGAGGGCAGCAAACAGCCUGAGAUCGCCACGACGGACAAGGAUGGGGCAUUCUGCUUCACCGCCUCGCCAGGGGUGUAUGUGAUGCAGCCCUUGAUGUCUGAUGCUGAGAAGUCUGCUGGUCUUCGCAUCAAUCCAGAAAAUCAGAAGAUCACCAUCGUCUCUACCCCCAUCCUUGAUAUCAACUUCUCUCAGUUCAAAGCAACUCUCCGUGGAUCAAUUAAAUGUCUUGAUGUUUGUGGAACUCUCCAGGUUAUGGUGGAAUCUAAGGAUGGAAGAGGGUUCAAGAAACCAGUCCCUGUUUCUCAACAAACCAAACAAGCUGCGUUCAUCAUCAAAGACAUCCUCCCAGGAAAAUAUUCAAUCAGUGUGGUCCAAACCAACUGGUGCUGGACCAAGUCCUCUCUGGAUGUGGAAGUAAUAGACCAAGACAUAGGAGGACUGGAGUUCCAGCAGAAUGGCUAUGUUCUUCACUGUCAUGUCUCUCACCCUAUUGAAUUGCUUUAUGCGCUGGAUUCAUCUCCAUCUUACAAGGGUUCAUUCACACUGAAGAAAGGACCAAACCAAUUCUGCUUGGAGAAACCGGGCUCCUACAAACUCAGCCCGAAAUCUUGUCAUCAGUUUGAGAAGUCGGAGUAUGCCUUCCAAACGUCUGCACCUAACAUGUUGACCCUAACAGCUCUCAAACACCAGAUACAUGCAGAGAUUACAACAACCCAACCUGUCAUGGAUAUUACAGUCGCCAUCAGCUCUGGAGGUAAACUGGAACAGACAGUCAAACUAGGUCCUCUAAAAUCAAGACAACAGCUGGAGCAAGAGUCUAAACCCCCAGCAAAAAAGACUGGCAAUGAAACGGCUGAGAAAAAGUCUACACCUCAACCGACGGGACCUCAGGUCUAUGAUGUCAGCCACUGGGCCGGAAAUGGAGAAGUAUUGGAGAUAGUGCCUUCUUCAGGCGAGUUCUUGUUCUAUCCAUCGACAGUGAAAGUAACAGUGGAAUCAGGUAAGAAUUCCCAUUAAUAAUAAUGAUAAUAUAUAGCAUUUAUGAGGCGCUGAUUAUCUAGUUGCCUGUUCAAUGGCGCUCUGUAUAUUACCCCUGCUGUAGCUCCUGCUGCUAAAGGCGCUUGGUGUUUUCAAAGAAAUAAUCCUGCUGGUUACCCAUUCACCUCACCUGGGUUGAGGGCAGCACAAUGUGGGUAAAUUUCUUGCUGAAGACAAACACAGACCUGCCAACCAGUACGUUUUAGCCGUAUUUAGUUCGUUUUUGCAACCAAAAUACGGCAGUUUUUUUUUUUUUUUUAACUUAAUCGUAAUUUUAUUAUGAAAUACACUUUUUUGGGGAAAAAUACAGUUUUUUUUAUCACAGAAUACAGUUUUUCAUUCCCAGAAGUUGGCAGGUCUGCAAACACGCCUUGGUUGGGAUUUGAACACAUGUCCCUCUAAUUGAGAGACAAUUAAACGUUAUCACUAGACCACGACAAAUACCAU